AAAUCUGAAACCAAACGUUGACCUCUAGAACUUCCAAUAAUUUUUUUUUUUAAUUGAAUGUUAUUAGUUUUACUAAACGCUCAUUAGUCUAACCUUCAGAAUAUUAGAUUAUUGAGUACUAAAUUUUAAAUUUAUUAUAUUUUUUUAAAUUAAGUACAAAAUAAUAUGGCUUCCAUGGGUAAGAAAUUGUUUGAACAACUCAAAAGUAAAGAAUUUCGUUCAUAUUUAAUGAGUACUCAUUUUUGGGGUCCAAUAGCAAAUUGGGGUAUACCAAUAGCAGCACUAUCAGAUGUAAAUAAGGAUCCUGAAUUAAUUAGUGGUAAAAUGACUGGAGCAUUAUGUUUAUACUCGAUGGCAUUCAUGAGAUUUGCGUGGAAAGUUCAACCACGUAAUAUGCUUUUGUUCGCUUGUCAUGCAACAAAUGAAGUAGCUCAAGUGAUCCAACUUUCAAGAUUCAUUAAUUAUAAUUAUUUAUCGAAUAAAAAUGAGAAAAAAAACGAAAUAGCUUAAAUAUUCCAUUAUUUUUUUUUCUUUUGGUAUACUUUGUAAUUUAAUUUUUAAAUCAAAAUUUUGUAAUUGGUUUCUGUAACAUGCAUUUAUAGAAAUGCAUAUUAAUUGUGACAUAUUGAUAUCCACUCGUCAUUAUUGUAAACAAAUGUUGACAAUAACUUUAGUAUACGUAUUUAUAUUAUUUGCUCAUUUUUGUGUAAUGAGAUAUACUUGGCUGUUUAUAACGAUUAUAAAUUGAACGUGU